AUGUGGGCUAUCAGCAGUACUCAUAGCGCCUUUACAAUUUGGUGUAGCGAUGGCAGGCCAGUAGACGAAGCUCGAGGGAGCUCCGGGGAGUCUUCGAGAAUCAUUGUCGACCAAAAAGGAUUCCUCGAUAUUACACAACUAAUUCUCGCAGGUAUUGAUGCGAACGGUGUGAAACUAUAUCACAACGUCAGUGAUGGACAAGAAGAAUCCCCUCUUGCUCUUUAUCUUGUGAUAAAUCCCGAUGCCACAUUUACUCUGGGGGUUGAAAGCAGCAUCGGGGACAUGGAUACAGUGAAGGGGACGCUCAAGCCACUCCCACAAAUAUCAGCAACUGACGUCGCGUACCUUGACUCAAUGAUUGCUACGAAUCUGAUUCCCUAUGCAGAAAAUCCAGACUACCCUGGAAAGAGCCACGACGAAAUCCGGGAAUUGGGGAAGCGGUUAUUUCCCUUUACUCCUCACAGCUUCCAGCUCGCCAUGGCGGUCUAUGAUUGGACAACCCCAUCCUUCGCACGCAUGGUAUUCUGGGAUAUGUUUCGAUACAGCGGUCUUGUGGUGGAGGGAGUCACUCCAAUCGAUUAUACCAGCCUAGCCAGAGCCAUUUGGACAAGUAACUGGGGGUCAUAUACCGCGCAGAACGCAGACUUCAUGGCAUCACUGCUGAUGAAACCCGCAUGGUCGCAGUUGGAAGUUGAACUGCAGCUAUUGAAUGUACGCCAACAUCUUAAAAAAGCCGUUGAGGUAGAAGACAGGCUUCUGGCCGCUGCCAUGCAGUCGCUACCACGGACGUCGAUACUGUCCAAGCCGCAACUGUUUAGUGGCCAGAUCGAUAUGGUUCACUUGGAGAUGGAUAAUUUCGGUAUAGAGUUUACGGAAUCUCCUGCGAAUAAUGGUCCUAUCCAACAGCACUUAGAGGAUUCCUUGCAAACCGCUCUGUCUACGUACCUCGCCGAAGGGAAGACAGUUACAACCAAAGUGACCUGGAGCUUUACGGAUAACUUGCAAGAUGCAUUGCACUACUCCAAUGGCAUUUUUCUGGUAUUGAAUCCCUCGUGGGAAUCUCGUGUUUGGGAAACAGCGUCCUAUGUGACGGCCCUUUCAAACGAUCCGAAGAAGAUAGAGUAUACAACUGCGCCAGGGAGUCGAUUUCUUAUACAGUCCGUUGAAGAGGCCAGCUAUCAUGGCCGGAAAUUGCUCGUCCUCGGCCUUCAGCCUCUAUCGAAUCCGGCUGCCACGGGUUUAAAGUCACGGAGGUGCGGCGAGAUCGAAGAGGCACUACCACUGAGACUCGAAAAUGGCGAUGUGGUUGAUUUGAUUGAAAUGUCCACGCCUGAUCAAGGGACUCCUCAUACAGUGAGAAAUAAUUCGGGACGUCGAUGCAACUGCAUUACUAAAUAG